AGCUGUCGUCUGUCCGUUUGUCAGAGCUCGGCUGUGCGAGAUGAACAACCAAACCAUGCUGGCUCCUCUCAAACAGCCCAUCGUCUUUGAGAUCGAGGGCUUCGACUUCCCUCCAGGCUCCGGGCCUUUCCUCUUCCUCGUGGCUCUGCUGGUCUACAUGCUGGUGCUGCUGGGGAACGGGGUGGUGGUGUGUGUCAUCGUCCUGGACAGGAAGCUGCACAGACCCAUGUUUGUGAUGAUCUGUCACCUGGUGGUGUGUGAUCUGUUGGGAGCCACGGCGGUGCUGCCUCGCCUCAUGAUGGACUUCCUGACAGGUCAGAAGAAGAUCGUCUACCCGGCAGCCAUCACCCAGGCCUUCUGCAUCCACGUCUACGGCGUGGCCAUGCAGACCAUCCUGGGCGCGAUGGCCUACGACAGGUACCUUGCUGUUUGCGAGCCGCUCAGGUAUCACACCAUCAUGACGUCGGCCCGGCUGCACUUCUGCUGCGCUCUGGCCUGGAUUGUAGCGCUGGUGCUGAUCGCCGUGCUCUUAUCCUUCCAUAUGAACGCCCCUUUGUGUGGCCACAUUAUUCGCCAUGUCUACUGCAGCAACAGAGGCAUCCUCAACCUGGCGUGCUCUGCCACCCCAACCAACAACAUCUACGGUCUGUGCAUGACCUGGUCUGUAAGCACGGUGGUCUUCAUCAUCAUCGCUUUCUCCUACAUCAGAAUCCUGACUGAUUCCUACAAACAGCGCAUAACGGACAGCAAGUGCUCGGCGGGCUCUGCGCUGGUGCGCAGCAAGGCCUUCCAGACCUGUGCCCCCCACCUCGUCAUCUACACGCUCUAUCAGAUAGCGUCCGUCAUCAUAGUUGUAAGUUACAGGUUCCCGGCUGUCCACCCGAACCUCAUAAAGUUCUUCAGUAUUCUGUUCAUCAUUGUACCUCCCACUUUUAACCCCGUCAUCUACGGCCUGGUCAUCAAAGAGCUGCGCACCAGCAUCAUUCAAAAGAUUUCCAUCAGAGUCUAACUAGAGCUCAAGAACCUUUAGCUGGAGGGAGGGGUUCCUACCACAAAGGCGACUGGAGAUCAGCAUAGAACUUUCCUUAUUAGA